GGACUUGCAACGCAGUUGUGUUCAGUGCGCCCGUUGAGACGGAGACCCCCUAGAGAGAGACGCGUUACGGUUACCGAUUUCAAUAGCUGUUGCCCCCUACAAAGAAGAUCAUCAUCAUCAGGAGAGCGGGAAAUGGCAGGUGCUCAGUCGGGCUUGAUGUCCAACCUGGCCGCCGUGGUCAAGGAAGCCAAGGAUGAGGAGAUUCAAAUGCCCAAAUCGGAUGAUUUCUUUGAAUCCAAAACCUUUCGCCUGCUCACCCUGAUACUCUACAUGGGCGGUGUCAGCGGCAUGGGUCUCACCCUGGCCGUGUAUUACCUAUUCAUCUGGGAUUCACGGAUGCCGCCACUGCCGGUAUUUAAGCACACGCAUCCCAUUGGCUAAGGCUGAGGAGCAGGAAGGAAGGAGGGAGGAGGUCCUCAUUGUCCCCGCAGCCCAUUGGUGAACAGAUUCAGAUAAAAUUGUGAUACCCGA